AUGGAGAGUAGAAUUACAUCUCUCUACAUUCUAGCCCCCCUUGUUAUUUCUUGCAUUGUUCUGUUUUGCAAUGCUCAAGAAGUAGAGGAUGAAAGGGAGUUUGAUUAUGGGGCAAAAAGUGAAAAGGGUCCAAGAAAUUGGGGAAAAAUAAAGAAAGAAUGGGGUGCAUGCAACAAUGGCACUUUGCAAUCUCCAAUAGAUAUUUCAGAUAAAAGAGUAAAGAUAAUUUCAAAGCCGGAAAACACUAAGGUUUACUACAAAGUUGGUAAUGCAACUUUGAAGAAUAGAGGGCAUGAUAUACAAAUUCAAUGGAAAGGUGGCGUUGGAUCACUAUUCAUCAACGGCACCGAUUACCCUCUCAAGUAUGCCCACUGGCAUUCUCCUUCAGAGCACACUAUUAACGGCCGAAGGUACGACAUGGAGCUGCAUUUGGUGCACCAAAAUACAGAUCCUAAUCUAAUAUAUACGAUAGCCGUCGUCGGAAUCUUAUAUAAGAUUGGAACACCUGAUCCAUUUCUUUCCAAGAUAAUGACAAAUAUAUCCUCGAUUGUUGAUAACAAAGACAGCGAAAGUGCUCUGGGAAUGGUGAACCCCAACGAUAUUCAAAUUGGUAGCGAAACAUUUUACAGAUAUUUGGGGUCACUCACAUCCCCUCCAUGUACAGAAGGAGUUAUCUGGACUCUUAAUAAAAAGGUGAAGACCGUUUCCAGAAAACAAGUUAGGUUGCUGAGAGAAGCUGUUCAUGAUUACGCAGAGGAAAAUGCUAGACCCUUGCAGCCUCACAACAAACGGGAUUUGUACCUUUAUGGGCCAGGAGAUUCCAAUUGA